AUAAACGUGAAUAAAGAGAAAUGAUCGCUGAACUUCCCACAAAAGCCCGAACCCUCGACACCCAACGCCACGACUGACUUCGUCCCCCAGAAGUGCUGAAGAACAAAAGGGAGAGAUGUCUCAGAAGCUUGUGCAGCCGAUAGGCCAAAAAAGGCUGACGAAUGUGGCGGUGGUCCGCCUGAAGAAGCGUGGCAUUCGCUUUGAGGUUGCUUGCUACAAGAACAAGGUCCUCUCUUGGCGCUCUGGCGUAGAGAAAGAUUUGGACGAAGUGUUGCAGUCACAUACUGUCUAUUCAAAUGUUUCAAAAGGGGUUCUAGCCAAGUCUAAAGAUUUGAUUGCGGCUUUUGGAACAGAUGAUCAAACUAAGAUAUGCUUGGAGAUUUUGGAUAAAGGGGAGCUUCAAGUGGCUGGGAAGGAGAGAGAGUCUCAGUUAUCGAUUCAGUUUCGGGAUAUCGCUACCAUUGUAAUGCAGAAGACCUUCAAUGCUGAAACACAACGUCCUUACACUAUUAGCAUGAUCGAGCGACUUAUGCAUGAAAUUCAUUUUGCUGUUGAUCCAAAUAGCAGCUCAAAGAAGCAGGCACUAGAAGUCAUACAUGAGCUUCAGAAGCACUUUCCAAUAAAACGGUCCCCAAUGAGAUUACGAAUCUGUGUUCCAGAAAAGGAUUUUUCCUCUCUUUUGGAGAAGCUGAAUGUGUGGAAUGCCAGCGUCGUCUCCAAAGAUGAUUCUGGAAGUCAGCCAUCUGUCAUUUGUGAAAUGGAUCCUGGUAUAUAUCGGGACUGUAGUGAAUUUGUGAGCGGUCUGAAAGGAAGGUUUGAACUUCUUGCACAUUCUGUGCAUUUGGAGGAAGACAGCCAUGUGGAUAAUUGUGAUGAUUAUGAGGAAGGGCCAUCAGGCCCAGCACACCUACCCAAGGCAUCUGCCGACUCUGAGUCCCAACUGAGUGAGAAAUUACAAAAACAGGCUACUGUUUCUGGUGGAAAUGAGAAUGCCGAGGGAGAGGGGAAGCAAAUUAAGUGUAGUACCUGCAAUGCAUUUUUCGGUGAUUCCAACAAGUUCAGGGAUCACUUCAAGAGUGACUGGCACAGGCAUAAUGUAAAGCGGAAGACUAGGCAACUCCCUCCCCUAACCGAAGAAGAGUGCAUGGCUGACGUGGAAGUGGGCGACUCAAGGGCUGAUUUGAAGGAGUAUUCAUUCUAAGCUGGGCCUUAGGAUUUGAGAACUUGUAUGGGUUGAUCAAUGUCCACUUAUAGAUACACGAUCUAUAGAUACAUGAUACAUGAUCUUAUGUUAGUGCUUUUCUUUAGACCAAUUUUGAUGGGACAGAUUGAUUUCAAUUUGUUUGUAGAAGGCACUUGUGCUUCUGUGCCAGAUUACCCUCAAGUAGAAAUUGUUGUUACCUAAUCAUUUUGUUUAGGCCAUCUGCAUUUAAAUAUA